AAACACCAGAUGUUUCAGCACAAAAAGUAUGAUUCAUCUGGAAUAUACGCCUGUUUUCACAUAUCAAGCCCCAAUAGAAUUCUUUUUGGAACUGCGUCAUAUUUUUUUCAUUUCCCUGAUAAAAUCUGUUUCGCUUUAUCUGUUACUUAUCUAAACUUCUGACCAUGCUCGUGAACUAAAUUUUGUUUUGCGAUUCGUUUGUACAUGAGCCUGUAAAAUUAGUUCGUCAAUCGUAUUUGAGCAUAAAAGUCGAUAUAAAACAAUUAAGUACAAAAGACUCGACAAUUCAUUUAAUGGAGUUUGGAUCGAUUUUAGUCGCAUUUAUUCACAUCGCCUUCAGUAGUGCUCUAUUGAUUUGGGGAUGCUGGAAUCAGUCGCCAAUCACUUUUGUGACUUCAAGCAAUGAAGUCAUCGCUUGGACAUUGUUACUCUUCGGAAUCGGCAGGUAUCGCCCGGUACUCAUGGGGCCAGCACUAAUUUUGAAUAUAAUGCAAACAGUGACGGGAGUAGCUGUGCUUGGUACUUCCAUUCUACUGGCAGUCCUCUGGGAAAAUAUCAUCCAACCAUACAGCUUAUUUAAUAAAUAUAAGGCAAAACAUCGCCUAGACGAAAUGUACAACGCACAUAGAGACACCAGGUUUAUAUGCUUGAUUGCCCUAACGAUUUUCUGUGCGUUCAAAAUCUGCAUUCUGAUAACCAUUCACAGCACAUACGACCGCCUAAAUAUGCGAUUUCCCAAAUUUGAAACUAUUGGCAAAAUAAAAGUGAUUUGGAAGUUGAAUUCUGCCUAUAAGAAGCAAAGUAAACGGAUUAUAAUCUAAAAAAAACUAUAGUUUUUAGUAGUAGCUAAGUACGAAUAGUCGUACUUAGAAAAAAUAUUUAAAUUCAAAAGUAAUGUAAGAUUUUUCUGUAAAAAUUGUAUUCAAAUUAAAAUUGUUAUAAACUUGAC